AUGUCAUGCCCUGAGAUUCCCAUAUGGAUUCAUUCAGAGUCCCUCUUUCGCAUCGCCAUUCCCGGCUUCAAGCUCCCCCCAUCAUCCCUACGGGCUGUCGGAGUCUACGCCUCCGGAGCCAUCUUCUCGCUCGGCUUCUACGCCAUGCUGGAUGCCGCGCUCUACUCCAGCCACAAAAACGGAUCCACCGUCCACGUCCGUUUCUUCCCCGACUGGCUGCCAUUGCUGUUUUCGUGCAUUGGAAUGCUGGUGAUUAACCUGGUGGAGAAGGCCCGUCUGCAAUCGGCGCUCACCGGCGGAUCGUCCUUCUCGUCUGGAGAAGACUGGCAGGCCAAGGUGGUGCUGUUCCUGGGCUUUGCAUUCCUGGCCGGCGGGAUGGCGUCCUCGAUUGCCGUGCUUGUGCUCAAGUACGCCCUGCCAGGCUAUUCGAUGCCCACUCUGGGUAUGGGUGUGGCCAACGUGAUUUGCAACGCCUCCGUCAUGGUUUCCUGCGUACUUCUGUGGGUUGCGCAGAACAUUGAGGACGAGUACUCAUACUCUUUGUCGUUGUAG